ACUCCAGCGCGGAGCCCCUUCGGCAGGCAGCGGCGCGCGGCUCGGAAGCGCCCCCCCCCCCCCAAUUGCACACCGGGAGGGACCGCGUGGAAGGAAGGAAGGAAAGAAGGAAGGAAGGAAGGGAAGGAAGGAAGGAAGGAAGGAGUGAAAAGGGGGGACGACGACGACCACCACCAGCAGCAGCAGCAGCAGCAGCAGCAGCAGCAGCAACCGGAUCAGCGCCUCCCGCCUGGCUGGCCGCCUCCGUCGCCCUCCCGGCAGGAUCUGCCCCCGCUGGGCCCCAGAGGAAAGUUGCCUGCCUGCCGCCCCCCAGCCACAGGUGACGCGGACCGCAGCGCCCUCGGGGUCUUCUCCGUCGCCAGGUUCGCGCCUCCGCCGGCCCUUGCCGAAGGACUCCCGGCCCCAGUGGCCGCAGCGCAGCCGCCGCCGCCGCCUCUGACCCUGGGGGUCCCCCCGCCGCCGCCGCAGCGCGGGAAACUUGGUGACUUUGGCCAGGCUGCAGGACAGGCGGCGCUGCCCGGGUCGCGUUGGGCGCCGGGGGUGGGGGUGGGGGCCUCCGCCCGGCCCUCCUGCUCCGGUCUCCGCCGCCCGUCCUCCGAGCGCCGCCGGCUGGCUUGAUGGUGCCCCAUGCUGGCCGCGGGUCCGAUGGAGGCUAACCGCGCGGCGGGCGCCUUCGUGCUGAGCAGCCCGCCGCUGGCCGCGCUGCACAACAUGGCCGAGAUGAAGACGUCGCUCUUCCCCUACGCCCUGCAGAGCCCGGCCGGCUUCAAGGCGCCCGCCCUGGGCGGCCUGGGCGCGCAGCUCCCGCUGGGCACCCCGCACGGCAUCACCGACAUCCUGGGCAGGCCCGUGGGCGCCGCCGGCAACCUCCUCUCCGGCCUGCCCCGCCUCAAUGGCCUCGCCGCCGCCGGGGUCUACUUCAACCCGGCCGCCGUCUCCCGCUACCCCAAGCCCCUGGCCGAGCUGCCCGGCAGGCCGCCCAUCUUCUGGCCGGGAGUCAUGCAGGGGUCGCCCUGGAGGGACCCUCGACUCGCCUGCCCCGUCCAGGCCGGGAUGGUUUUGGAUAAAGACGGCAAGAAAAAACACUCCCGGCCCACUUUCUCCGGGCAGCAGAUCUUCGCGCUGGAGAAGACCUUCGAGCAAACGAAAUACUUGGCCGGCCCGGAGAGAGCCCGCCUGGCCUACUCGCUGGGGAUGACCGAAAGCCAAGUCAAGGUGUGGUUCCAGAACCGUCGGACCAAGUGGCGGAAGCGCCACGCGGCCGAGAUGGCCACGGCCAAGAAGAAGCACGACUCGGAGACGGAGAAGCUGAAGGAGAGCUCGGACAACGAGGACGACGACGAGUACAACAGGCCCCUGGACCCCAACUCCGACGACGAGAAGAUCGCGCGGCUCCUCCAGAAGCACAAGGCGGCCGCCGGCGCCCCCCUGGCCCUGCUCAGCCCCUGCAGCAACGCCUCGGAGCCGUCGUGACCCGCCCCCCUCCAGCGCCCGCACCCCCUCCGGCCAAGCAGGGUAGCCCACCCCGUCGCCUGUACAGCCCGUCCCGUCGGGGAAGCAACUACGUGUGUAUAUAGCUUUGUACGGAAUAAGUUAUGGCCCGCAAGACGCGCCCUUCCUCUUGGUCUCUUUCCGCCUCCCUCUUGCGCACACGCCGCGGGCACCAGGUCGGGGGAGGAAAAGGCUGGCAACUGAGAAGAGGGGGCCGACCCGGGUUCACUCCCCCCCCCCAAAAAAAAAUCUGCUCUCUGCAGCGCCUGACCCGGGGCUGUGUCCAAAGAAAGCUUUCCUAAUGCAAACAGGGCUGGGCAAUUUUGUCCCUUUGCUGUGGUUCUCAGCGUAGUCCGGCCGGAGUCUCGAACUAGCCUUAGAGCGAAAGGUUCCGGCCGCAAAGGCUUUCCUGCUGUUCGAAGAAGGCUUUGGGUGAGCCCCUGGGCAGGGCCGAUAGCCUCCGGCAGGCUGUAAGCGAAGGAAGUCAGUGGGCGAGAGAGAAUAGGGAUUACCGUGACUGCAACACUGCGCAUGCUCACUGCUGCCCGGGCAUGUUUCCCAGGGCAAUUCAGGCCGCUCAGAAAUUCCUUCCAAUGGAUUCAGUGGGGCAUAAUUUCUAACAAGUAGCCUUAAUUAAAAAAAAAACACACACAAAAACUCGGGCGGCUGCUGCUGUUUGGAGUUUUUUGACAGAACCUACUUCCCAGUCAUACCUUGAUCCGAGCAUGCUUCUUUUUGGGGGAAAAGUUCUAUUUCAAUAAAUGGAGCUUUCUUUGAAGCAAAGGAGCCUAGAAUAGGGUGGAGUGGUUUGCAUUUAGGAAAGCUACCUUUUCAUUGGUUACACCCCACCCACCCCACAAUCAAGGUUUUGUUACUGGUUUUGUAUAUGGGUAGUGGAUUCCUGCUCAGCCACUUUGUACAUAGGAAAUUACAGAUUUUUGUGAUGUAUAUUUCUAGUGUAAAAAAACCCCAAACCAAGCAGUUUUCUUUCCUCCUCUCUUUUAUUUUGAAUUUGGGCGGCUUUGCCAAUCUCCCUUUUUCUUUGAAAUUGUGUUUAAAGGGGGACAACGGCAAAACGUGAUUUUCAUCUGGCUUCAAACUCUUAUGGUUGGAAAGACUUUGUAUAAAUCAAUAAAUUAUUUAACAAGC